UGAUGUGUGGGAUACGAUUGCAACGAAUGAAACGUCUGCUAACAUAACGAUCACUCCUGCCACAGCAACAGUAACUGCGACAAAGUCUUUUGUUAUUACGACCCCUUACUUCGCCCACAUUCUUUGACAGGUGCACAUGACACGGUUCGCAUGAAUCGACGGUAAUCGAUCAUGCUGUUCAAUGCAUUGGAAUCGCAAUUUUGCAGUGACGAGGCUGUGGUUAUUGCCAAUACGUGGCAGCCAUUGGCGCCUCUUGAAAAUGCUGCGAGUACGGCACAGCGCGGCUGGCCUCUCUCCUUAUAUUGUACUUCCAAGCUUCGCAAUAACCAUCGAUAUGAUUACGCACGCCGUUCUUCCAGAAUCUCUACCGGUCUGGCAUCCAGGUGCAACCCCUUAUGCAACAGUCGAGCGACCAGCCAAGCCUGGAUGUCGGAACCAUUGUACGGGGAAUAGAGGAUCCCCAUACAAAUCACAAAGGCCAUGGCCUGCUCUUGGUCACCCCUCGUACAUCUUGCCAAAUUUAUCCCCUAGAUGCGUCGAUCGUUUCGUGUCAAGAAACACCAAUUCAAAAGUAGUCGUUCAUGACCACUGCUUCGUCAUGCCGUUUUGUUGUCAAAUUGAGGCUCCGAUGCAAUCGAUUUCUCAUCUUUCCAUACUCCUUCUAACGGGUGGUUCCCCUGGCGUUCACUUGCACUGCCCCUGCUCGAGUCCUAAUAGACAACCCCGCUCGCCAAUUUGCAGCGGCCUUAACCGCAAUGAAGGUUUCACUGUGACACGGCAUCGGUAUUUCAGUAUAGGCAUGCAUUGAUGCAAAGCCACAGGGUUUGACGUUUUGUUACAAGUA